UCUGUGGUGAUAUCGUGGCUGUGGCGUCUCUGCUGGUUCCUGAAGUCAAACGGGCUCUGUGGACAGACAGCAGGAGAGAACCUGCCGCAGUGUGCUGCUGAGACCUCCAUUUAAAAAAUAAUAAUAACGCAGAUACACAUCCUGAAUCCUGAAAAUCCAGAAGACUGCUUAACAUCACAUCAGCCUGUUGUCUGGAGACGGGUGUGAGCGGACAGGUGUGUGUUGUAGCUGUGUGUCGGGCAGCCUGGCUGCCUGCUGCCUCCUGAUGAAUGAAGAGCUCUCCGGGACACAGCUGAUGCAGGGCAUGCAGGUGUUUCUGAUAAUAUGAUGAAUAAAAAGAGUCCCCAUAAGAAUCACAAGAGCAGUUUGAGUCCCAACUCCAAGGUCCUGAUGCAGCGUAACAUCGUGGGCUGCAGGAUCCAGCACGUGUGGAAGGAAGGGGGGGGGCAUGUGAUGUGGAAAGGAACCGUGCUGGACCAGGUGCCAGUGAACCCGUCUCUCUUCCUGAUAAAGUACGAUGGUUUCGACUGUGUUUAUGGUCUGGAGCUCCAUAAAGACGAGAGGGUUCAGGGCCUGGAGGUGCUCCCCGACAGACUGGCAGCUAAGCCCCGUGCCUCAGACGGCAGCCUGGCGGACACCAUGAUUGGGAGAGCUGUGGAGCACAUGUUCGAGACCGAGGAGGGCCCAAAGGAGGAGUGGAGGGGGAUGGUGCUGGCCCGGGCCCCCAUCAUAACCACCUGGUUCUACAUCACCUACGAGAAGGACCCAGUCCUCUACAUGUACCAGCUGCUGGAGGACUACAAAGAGGGAGACCUCCGCAUCAUGCCUGACUCCAACUACAGCGCCCCCUCGGAGCGGGAGCCUGGGGAGGUGGAGGAGAGCCUGGUGGGGAAACAGGUGGAGUACGCCAGGGAGAACGGAGGCAAGCGGACCGGCAUGGUCAUCCACCAGGUGGAGGCCAAGCCCUCCGUCUACUUCAUCAAGUUUGAUGACGACUUCCUUAUCUACGUUUACGACCUGCUCAAAACUUCGUAAGACUUUGCAGGCAUCUCGUCCUUUUAAUUCCAAAACGGAUGAAGUGUGAGGAGCCGAGCUUCACUCCCUGAGGUUCAGAACAGAGGAGAAGCCUUCAGCCUGUUUGAGAUGAAGGCAGGGGAAUAAAGGAGAGUCAAAGAUCUGUCUGCCUGGGGUUUUUCUACAAAGACAGGUAUGAUUGGGAUCAUCUCAACAGCACUGUUUUAAUGAAGGAGAUAACACGUCUUCACAUGGCGUGGUUCCAUUCCGUCAGUUCAUUUCAGUGUUGCUGUUGGCCCACUGCCUUGUUUCCUUUGAUUUGUAUGUUUUAAAUGUAUGUUAAUAAUGUGUUAUUAUUGAUGGAAACCCUGA